GCCUGGAGUGAAAACGGGCGGCGGCUUCCUGCCUGCCCGCCUAUCUGUCUGCCCACCUCCGAGAAGUGGGGAGGUCGGAGCGGACGGACCCGGAGGCCGGCCAGGGGGCCGAGAAGCCCGAGCUCGGCGCGGGGACCGCCGCUACCCGCCGGAGCUAGGGCAGGCCCGGGGCCUGCCGCCGAGUUGGAGCUGGUGGGUGCAGGAGACAUCGCUGGCGCUCGUAGCCGAAGCAGAGCGCCGCGGCCGCUGACAUUGUAGUGACGCAGAAAGGGUGCUAAAUUUGGAGUCAAAGAAACGUAUUUGAGUUCUGGCUGUACCACUCGCUGUAUGAUCUUGGACAAGACAUUUAACAUCUGUGCACUUCAGUUCCUCAUCUGUAAAGAUACCUUUCAGCUCAAAAGUCAUGAUUCUCUAACACUCUUCUAUUUAUGGAAUCUAUGCAAGAUGCUGGCUCUAUGGACUUGGACAGCACAAGCUUUGUUUAUUUUCCUCACUCUUGAUUCAGUAGGAGGUGAAAUUAUAAAACCAUGUGGUCACAUCAUCCCAGAAUCUCCAGUUGUAGCACCUAAUACUACUUUCACAGCGAUUUGUGUUUUAGAUGAAGAAUGUUCAAAUGGUCAGGGAAUAAAUGCCAGUCACAUUCUCUGGAAAAUAAAAAACACCUGGGUUCCUAAAGAACAAUACACUAUCAUAAAUAGAACAGCUGCCAGCGUUACAUUUGAAGAUGUAUCUUCAUUAGGUAGUCUACUAACAUGCAACAUUUUACUCUAUGGACAGAUUGAACAGACUGUUUAUGGAAUCCAAAUCAGAAUAGGCUGGCUUCCAGAGAAACCAAAAAAAUUGAGUUGCAUUGUGAAUGGUCAAAGUAACAUGAAGUGUCAGUGGGACCCUGGAAAGGAAACACAUUUGGAUACAACAUAUGUUUUAAAGUCAAAAUGGGCACUGCAGCCGCUGCCAGAUUGUAUUCCACCACCUGGUGUGAAUAACUCAUGCAUAGUUGAUUUGGUUGUGGUUUUUGUCAAUAUGGACGUCUGGGUAGUAGCCACAAAUGCCCUUGGAAAUGUUUCAUCUGAUCAUAUCAAUUUUGAUCCCAUCGAUAUUGUGCAAGUCCUUCCUCCACAUAAUUUAUCAGUCACCAAGUCCAAGCAACUAUCCAGUAUCUUAAAAGUGUCAUGGACCAACCCUGAUAAACCUUUUGAAGCCCUGAAAUAUAACAUUCGGUACCGUACCAAAGAUGCUUCAAAUUGGACACAGAUUCCUCCUGAAGACACAACUGGAACCCGAGACUCAUUUACUGUUCAGGAUCUCAAACCUUAUACGGAGUAUGUGUUUUCAAUUCGUUGUAUGAACAUAGAAGGCAGGGGAUUCUGGAGUGACUGGAGUGCAGAAAAAAGUGGAGUCACAUAUGAAGCUAAACCAUCAAAUGCACCAAGUUUCUGGUAUACGAUCGAGCCUUCUCAAGGUCAUGGUUACAGACUUGUACACCUGAAGUGGAAGACUUUGCCUCGCUCUGAAGCCAAUGGAAGAAUCUUAGAUUAUGAAGUAACUCUAAAGGGAGGGAAAACAUCACAUUUACCAAGAUACAUUAAUGAUACAAAAUUGACUUUAAAUAUCACAGAUGAUCUUUAUGUCGUAAGUCUGAAAGCUCGUAAUAUAAUUGGAAGUUCUGAUCCAUCUACUUUAACUAUUCCUGAACAUGACUUCAAAGCAGCUCACCCUGUAACAAAUCUUAAAGCAUUUCCUAAAGAUAACAAACUUUGGGUAGAGUGGACGCCUUCAAAUGAACCCGUAAAUAAAUACAUACUGGAGUGGUGUGUACUUUCCAACAGUUUGCCAUGUACUACUGAUUGGCAAGAAGAAACUAGUGCCGUGAAACUAACCUUCUUACGAGGGAAUUUAAAGGAGAGCAAAUGUUAUUUGAUAACAGUUAUCCCAGUGUAUGAUGAUGGCCCAGGAAUUCCCAAGUCUGUAAAGGCAUAUCUUAAACAAGCUCCACCUUCUAAAGGACCUUUUGUUCGAACAAAGAAAGUGGGGAAAAAUGAAGCUGUGUUAGUAUGGGACCACCUUCUUGUCGAUGACCAGAAUGGAUUCAUCAGAAACUAUACCAUAUUUUACAGAACUAGCAGUGGAAAUGAAACAGCUGUGCAUGUGAACUCAUCCCACACAGAAUAUACACUUUCCCCCUUGGCUAGUGACACAUUGUACAUGGUGCGGAUGGCAGCAUAUACAGAUGAAGGGGGCAAGGAUGGUCCAGAAUUCACUUUUACUACUCCCAAGUUUGCUCAAGGAGAAAUCGAAGCCAUAGUUGUGCCUGUUUGCUUAGCAUUCUUAUUGACUACUCUUCUGGGAGUGUUGUUCUGUUUUAACAAACUAGACCUGAUUAAAAAACAUAUUUGGCCUAACGUUCCAGAUCCUUCAAAGAGUCAUAUUGCCCAGUGGUCACCUCACACACCAACCAGGCACAAUUUGCAUUCCAAAGAUCAGAUGUACCCAGAAGGUAAUUUUACUGACACUGAUGUCAGUGUUGUGGAAAUAGAAGCCAAUGAAAAAAAGCCUCUUCCAGAAGAUCUAAAGUCAUUAGAUCUCUUCAAAAAGGAAAAAAUAACAACUGAGGGGCACAGUAGUGGUAUUGGAGGUUCUUCGUGCAUGUCAUCUUCCAGGCCAAGCAUUUCUAGUAAUGAUGAAAGUGAAUCUGGACAAAAUACUUCAAGCACUGUGCAGUAUUCUACUGUGGUGCACAGUGGCUACAGGCACCAGGUGCCAUCAGUCCAGGUCUUCUCAAGGUCUGAGUCCACCCAGCCUUUGUUGGAUUCAGAGGAACGACCAGAAGACCUACAGAUAACAGAGAAUGGAGGAAGUGGUGAUGGCGCAUCACCCAGGCAACAGUAUUUCAAACAGAACUGUCAUCAAGAUGACAUCGGUCCAGAUCUAUCACAUUUUGAAAGAUCAACGCAAGUUUCUUCAGUGAAUGAAGAAGAUUUUGUUAGACUUAAACAUCAACAGAUGUCAGAUCAGAGAUCACAGUCCUCUGGAUCUAGACAAAUGAAAGAUUUUGAAGACAUUUCUGCAGCAGAUAAUUCUCAUGCAGGUGCCGAGGGACAAAUUCAAAGAUUUGAAUCAAUUGGGUUAGAGGCAGAAACUGAUGAAGGAAUGCCUAAAAGCUAUUUACCUCAGACUGUAAGACGAGGUGGCUAUGUGCCUCAGUGAGGGAGACUAUUUUCUCUUAAGACUUAAGCAGUGACUGUUUUCCUGCAAAGUACAGCUAAGUAAACUUUUAUCUGUGAUUUCAGAUAAACAUGUCACUUAUCAAGGUGGUUAUUUGACCUCCUGGCCUAAAGCAUAAUCUUUCUAAAAUGGGCUAUUUCUCUUCCAGAAUAACUGGGAUUCUACAUCAAGCACUACACAAACUGUUUUGCAUCCUGUCUGAAUGGUUAAAUUUGUGCUGCUGAAGGAUGUUUGCAUUUUAAAAAGAAAAACUUGGCUAAAAUUCUUUAAGUGAAACUUUUCAUUUGUUAUUGAGAAGACAGAGGGCAUUUAAGUAGUUGGCAUGGCUGUACUGACUCAGAAAUUUACAAACCUUGUUAAAAUGGUCAGUUAUUCUAAGAAUGGUAAAAGUACAGAUAUUUGAGCUUAGGAAGAUUUUUUUUAAACUAAAGAAUCACAUGUUUGGUUUUUAUGUUUUGGUUUAUAAAGUAAUUAAUGUACUAUAAUGGGGGUACAAAACUGAUCUCUACAUACCACAAAAAUGGUCAAUCUCAUUAUUAUGUAGUGCAACCAUAAAUAAAUUAGGCCCAAGCUGACUCCUUUUCAAUCAUGCUGAUGCCACAGAACUUAGAUUGUGGAUCAUCCAUCUUAGCAAAUUAAAAAGCUUCAAUUUUCAUUUGCCGUAUUGUACACCGAACAUGGUCUUCACUUCACUAAAGUGGGCUGUGCAGGGUAGAGAAAGAGGAAGAGGAAAUCACUCGACUACUACUAUUAUGAGCCUCUUUUAGGCACAUUCAUUUACAUCUAGGGUUGAGUAGAAAGAUCAAAUGCUGCAAACUGCUUUAGGCAUUUUUUAUAAGGCAAUUUUAGUUUGCCUUGGUUUAAAUUUGUAACAUUUCUCUACUGGUGUAUUUUGAAAUUAUAGACUCUUAUUAGGCUUUAGAAAAUGUGGUUAGAGAAGCACUUUAUGUAAACUUUUAUCUUUUGCUUAAAAUUUUUGUCAUUUAAUAUAUUUUGUGUUUUUCUUUUUAAUUAAGUAGGCAACAUUGAAAGAUUACUAUUCUUUCUUAGCACUUGAUUCUUUUGACACUAGUUGUCACUUUUCACCAAGUGAAAAACAAAAAACCUCUGCAUAUUGAUUUUCCUAGAAUUGUAAUCAUUGUCACUAUCAGAAUUAUAUUUCCUUAUUUUCUAAAGAGAGUUUUUAACAAGACACCACAUUCUAAUCAAGAGGUAGAAUGGGAAAUCAGCAUACCCAGUUUCAUUAAUUCUGUCAUAUGGUUAAGGACUUGUUUUAAAGCCUUUUAGAAUACACUAUCUUAUCUUUAAGGUGCCCAGGCACCACCCCUUCUUACUGUUGGUUUAACUUUGUAGUUCAUUUAUUCAUUUGUAUCAUUCCCUAAAAUUCCCUUCUCUGCCAGCCAUAUUUUAACAAAGUAAGAAGUAGGCCAGACAAAUUGGAUAAAUCCUUAUUAGACCCUGAAAUGAGAAAAGGCUUGCCAGCAGCAAAAUGAACUCCUGCUAUCCAAGGAAGGGAUAGGCACUGAGUUUUAUUGUUUUUUGUUUUAUCACGUCUGAGUUACAGGAAUCAGACAGACUUUCAAAUGUGGCUUUGCCAAGAGGUUACUAGUCUUUAUUAGGACUAGAAAGCUAAAGUGAAUUGGUGUUUAUUUCAAGAUGAACUAAAAUUCUACUUUCAACAUCUAAAUUGUUCACUCUAAACUUCCCACUUUGUUUUUGAGAGUAUGUUAUCCUUACAUUUUAAUGUUUUAUUCUUAUUAAAAGGGUCAUCUGGCCUCAGAGUCAGGAAGACCUGGGUUCAAGUCUCCCCUCUGAUACGUUCUGUCUGUGGGACCCUGGGUCAGUCACUUAGCCUCUCAGUGCCCCAGGAAACCCCUGAAGAGACUAUAAGUUUUAGAAGGGGCGCUGCUAGGCUGCUUUAGUAGAGGAUUUUCCUCACUGGAGCUCCAUACAGUGAUGAAAUCACAGGCCCAAUUUUUUUAAAAGUUCCUUUUCAAAAUGUCUUAAUAUUUAUGGUUUCAUUUAAUUGACAAUCCUAAUGUCUAUGUUAUAAGACAUCCUGUUUCCUUCCCUUAACAAAAGACUAGUCGAGUCAUAGAAUUGUAGACCUGGAAAAGACUUCAUCUCACAUAAAUAAAGUCCGCUAGGUCACUAAUUUUCACCUUUUUGAUGUCAUGGCCCCUUAUAGUGGUCUAGUGAAACCCACAGACCCCUUCUCAAAACCAAAAUAAAAUACAUAGAAUUACAGAGAAAACCAGUUAUGUUGAAACAGUUAUUAAAAUAGAUCUAUGCCAACCUCAUCAUUUUGGAAAUUAGACAAUAUUCCUUUAUCUGGUAUAGGCCAGAACCAGGUCUCAAAAAUUGUAUGAUUCUGUAAAACUUGAGACUCAAGUAACAAUGACUUGUCUCAGGUUAUAGACUUCAGUGACAUAACUGUCUUUUAAAGUGGAACUUAAAGGUAGACCCUACAAGUACCAAAUUUUGACAAAUAUCAUCUAUCUAAAUUUUAUUUUCUUUCAAAGUGAUCCCCAGUGGGGCCCCGAAUCAAAUUAAAAUAUAAUUGGCAAAUACUUAACAAAACAUAACAGAAAUAAAUGAUCUUACAAUAUAAAACUAAGUUGUGCUGCAGCUCAUAGGGAUCCUUGUAUAUACAGUUUAGUGUCUCCACAGUCUUCAUAGUACCUCAAGAUGUUUCCUUGGCCCUUACCACAUUCUACCUUUUGUAUGGAUUGGAGGAUACAUUAGGUGCCUUGUAUUAGAUUCUGAGAUUAAUUCUAUAUGUUUCUUGCAUAAAGCGCAGUGCCUUUUAACAAAGUAGGUGCCCAAUAGAUAAUUACUGAAUUGAGUAAUAAUGUUUUAUUCUUAAUCAUAAUAAUCUUUUUUUCAAAUCAUACUUCUUAUCACAUUUACUAUGAAUGAAGCUUCCAUUAGUGACUGCGCUUCAGUAAAACAAUUCAUUUGGAGAUAAAGUUGGAAAGAGGGGUUGGGGUUUGGGGGUUGGGGUUUUUUUGUGUUUUGGUUUGGUUUUUCUUGUUUGGUUUCUUAACAAUCCUAGGUAAAAAUUAUAUGCGGAUUAUUUACUUUCAGAUUUCACUUAGUUUCUACUCCAUAGUCUGUGCUUAAACUUAACGUUUUUGCAAAAUGCCUUUUAAGUUGGUGAAACUCAAAGUUUUAUUUUAUUUAAAAUCAUAAGAUAUGUUUCUUCUAAUCAGCUGGUAGAGUAACAUAUAAUAAUAACUUCAUAAAUGGAUCCUUCCUUGUAUAUUGAUCUGAUACAUAAGUGUACUGAUCAAGUAUACUCCGUUUUCCCAUUUUAGGAUGAAUAAAUACUUUUUGGCAACCAUUAAGUUUAGCCUAAAAUAUCUUCAUAGAUGGACUAGGCACUGUGCAGAAUAUAGCCAAUUCUGUUGAGGUGACUUAUAGAAAACACUUGAAAAAUUUAAGUCAUAACAAAGAAAUGCAGUCUACUGUGAUAAAAAUGAUGGUGCUGUGGAAUUUCAAAGUAAGGAAAAAAUUUUUCAAUAGGUCCACAGCACUGGAUCUUGAAAUAAGUAUAAGAUUUACCUGCAGGGGAGUUGGCAGAGCAUGGCAUUUUCACCAAGGAGGAACAUGGAGGUAGAAACCAAUAGGGAAUUUGUCAUGGGACUAUAAUAAAAUUCGCAUAGCCGGUAUAUACCAAUGGCCUAACAUUUAUUCCCUGUGGCUUUGUAAAUAUAGACUGAAAAUAGAUUUGCAUAAAUUCCAUAGUCUUGACUAUUACCACUACUCUAAUAAAAGCAGCAGAGCAAAGUGGUUUUCUUACUACUUAUGUUCCCUUCUAGUUGUUAUGAUAACGGAGACAAAACAAUAGAAUUAUCCACUUGAUUUGUUUAUUCUUUGCAUUAUCAUACUGACUUUAUUACUCUAGCCCCAAUUUGCAUUAUUAGGGACUGACAAUUUAAGUGCCCCAGUUUCCUCUACCAGUUGCUUUUUAAGUUAUAUAUAAAGUAUAUUUUCUUAUUCUACCCCUUUCUGCCCAACCUACUGUCUUGACCCCUUUUUUCCUCUUCCCUAAAAAAAGUUCUAACUGUGAAGGUGAGACCUUGCUUAGGAAUAGCUAGAUUUUAGUAGAAAAGGUAUGAAAACUUUUUAAACUCGUAUCUAAUUCUAAUAGUUGCUUUCAUUUAAAGCAUUCUUGCAUUCAAACCUAACUUAAUGCAGUUGGGAGGCAUAAUCUUAAAGUGAGUAUGGAUACCUAAGUUUUGGUUUAAGCUGUCUCAUGCAAAAAGGGGAUGAUUUGGAUGACUGAACUUUGUUUUAUAAUAAAUUUGGGGUGCUUUUUAAUCUAAUCUUCCUGAAAAAAGCUCAGGGAAAAGUCUCACUUUAAAAGUAGCUGUUAGCACAUUUGAUAUAAUUCUAUCUUCUGAACUGACAAUCUGAUUCUUGUCUUUCUAAACAGGUGUUCAAAUUGAAGCUGAUAGUGUGACUGUUUUAUGUUUCAUAGCAUUUAAAGACUAUCUAUCACCUGAGGCACUGAGCACUAAGGCUUGCAUGGAAGUUUGUCAUGUCUGCAUAGCAUAUGAUCUAUAUCUACAUGGUACCAAAAUAAUCAAUAGAAUACUAAAAAAAAGUCUUGAUAAUUAUUCUAAUUGAGGUUACUCAGUUCAGGUGACCAUGUAGGCAUAGUAUGAAGCCUUUGGCCUGAAAUAGUAUGUCUGUCCAUCCUUCUUUACUUUCCUCCUUCCCUUUCCUUCUUUGUAAUUCUUAGAGAUUUAGUGGAUUGUGAGUCACUUAAGAGAGCAUCUUGUGAGCAAGAUGUAAAUGAGACACACAUGCGUACACACACAUAAGUUGUAUAUACAUAUAUGUUUAGUAUAGUAGAAUGAAUCUGAUUAGCUGAAUUCUUUAAGAUAUGCUAGCAUCUAGAUAGAAACUUGCUUUUUGUGCAGAGAUUAAUUUUCCUACGAGAUUUUCACAUACUUACAGAAUGGACAUUCAAAAGAUAAAAAAUGUAUUUGGGCACUAAUAUUUCACUUGCAGCUUAUGCAAAGAGGAAAAAAAAACAAAGCCACAAACUUGUUUUUAAUGUUAAAUUACUCUCCUCUUUAAAGAAGAUACCUGUCUUUGCACUUGUUUUGACUUUGUAAGACAAAUUUGACAAAUCUGGUUUGUUUACAGAAAAUUAUACUUCUAAACCACUGAUUUAUUAUUGUCUUUAGAUAUUUGAGGUCAAGAUAACCGUAUUCUAGAUUAAAAUAAUGAAACUUUAUCUGGAAAACAACUUCUUCAUGGAGGAAGGCAAAUUCAGUAGUUCAAGGGGCACAUUUGCCAAUCUAUAGAAAAAAAAUUUGUCAACCACAACUAGUUCAUUAUGUUUAGAUUUUAACUAAUACUUACUACUAGUAUCCAAGGUCUAGCCCUGUUAGUAGGAAAAAGAUGCCAUGCUAAAUAUUUAGCCAUUUUAAGAAUAAAAGUUUUAUGAAAUUUUUACUUGUUAAAAUGUAAAAAAAAAAUGUUUUUUGUCUUUUAAAAAAGAUUAAUCUAGGUGCUGGAAGAUGCCCAAUAUUUAUGCCAAAUAAGCUGAAUCGUGUAUAUGAUAGAGAAUUGGGAGUUAAUAUGACAUGGAAAUCAUUAACAAAAUCAUUAAUUGUGCAUUUGUAUAUACUUGUUUUCAUAUUAUUUGCUAAGACUAUUAAGGAUGUUACAACAAGAACCAAUCUGAUAAGCUCAAUUCCUACUGAAAAGACAAAAUUAUGAAAUUAAGACAUAUAUAUGUAUAUUAUAAAAGUGUAACAAGUUUUCAUUAACCAAAAGAUUAAUUUAGAUAGAAUCUCAUAGAGUUUGGGGCAGUGCCUGCUUUGCCAGCAUGUACACUAAAACUGGAAUAACAUUGAACACUACUAGCAUGGCCCACAUACAAGGCUGGCAUGCAAAUUCACAUUCCAUAUUUUUUCAUUUGCAGUAUUAAAAUCUGAAAACCUGAAAAAAAUUCAUUUUGGACAGUUGGAUUAAAUUGAGUUUGAAGUACUACUUCUUCACCCACACAUGCAUACACACUUAAGCCAACCAAAAUCACAACUGCAGAAAGAGAAUGAUUACAUUGUAGAACUUCUGAAACUUUAACCAGUUGAUAUAAGUAAUUAAAAAGGGAUGCUAUGACAGCGUUUUAUGUUUUGCAAUUUUAUUCUCUCCUCUAUAUUGCUAUGUUUUCUCAAUGAUGUAUUCUUUAAGUAGCAGAUUUUUUAAUUAUCCCUGUUUUGUCUUUAAAGUUGCAUUUAGUUGCUUCCCAUUUGAAUAAAGUAUUUUUGUUUCAUUGGGAUGGGUUAAGUGUUUGUGUAUGCUACACAAAACUAUUCAAAUGAAUGGGGAGUGGUAAGGCAGGCAGCAUAGGAAUUUAACUUUCUGCAAGUCGAGAAUUUUGAUACUUGCACACAAACUUUGUAUGACAUUUAGGAAAACCAGAGCAGCACUGAAAUGCCAACACACGCACAUGAGCACAUAUACACACUUGCGCACACUAAUGUAAGUACAGGAGUACUUCUAAAGCUAAAUGUAGAUGAUUUUAAAAUUAUUCUGUAUUUGUAAAAGUUCAUAGUACCUACCUAAAGAGUUUGAGUAUAUCCUUGAUUUUAAUUAAAAUGAAAAGAGAAGGGUCAGCUUAAACCCUUUAUAAUAAUUCAUGAAAUCCUGGAAUAUAAAAAGCCUUCCCCUACAAUACCACUUUUAAUCAUGGGCAAUCUAUUGCUAAGUAGUAUAGUGUAUGGCUCAAUCUAUUCUAACGAAGUAAUGUUAAGAAAAUUACAAUAAAGGCCAUCUGAUAAAGUC